AUGUCAUUUACUCCGUCCCUAGCCAUAGAUGAAGCAGCUAGCUAUGUAUCGUCCGCACCGUCCCUCUCAAAGGUUUCAAAUACCAUCAAGCUCGAGCUCUAUGGUCUAUUCAAGUAUCUCAAAGUGGCCCCGAAGCCACAGGGCUCAAGGCCAUCGAUCUUUGAUAUGACAGGACGCGCAAAGUGGGACGCGUGGAAAGCGGCGAGCGAUGGGUAUGAGAACAAUAGCCACGCCGCGGCCCAGCGGUAUCUAGUAAUCGCUCAGGAACUGGGAUGGAAACCAGGUUCUACUCCCAGCAGUGCGCCUGGGAAGCGAUCGGAGGAUGGAGGUGCGGAUGCAGGUGGUGGUGGCGGCGGCGGCGGCAUGGGGACAUCUGUCAGCUCAUUGGCCAAGCCGGGCCCAGAUUUGGGUGAAGCUCAGACGUUGCAUGGAUUAGCUAUCGCGGGAGAUGCAAAGAAGUUGAUGGCGUUCUUGCUUGUGAAUCCAGCGGUCGAUAUAAACGCACGCGAUGAAUUUGAUUAUACCGCCCUUCAUUUGGCCUGUGAUAGAGGAAACUUGCCAGUAGUCCAGGUAUUACUGAGCAAGGGAGGGGAUCCUCUGUUGAAAGAUCCCGACGAUUACACUGCAGCGGAGCUGGCUCAGGUAGCUGGACAUCAAGAGAUAUACGACUUCCUGAAUAAAUAG